UCAACUACCGCUAUCCGUUGGGACACUGAGCAAGCAGGCACAUCCCACACCAGUCGUCCAUGGCAACUCUUCUCCCUCUCUCAACAACACUCUCUCCCUCUCCAUUCAAGGGAAAUGUGACGAAGUUGAAGCCAAGCCCAUGUCAGUUUCAACCACUCAAGCUCCACCUUGGGAAGGGCAUCGAAAGAAGGCCCUUAAUCGUGCUCAAUGCCGCCAGGUCACCCGUCGUUGGGGCUGAAUCGUCCGGCGUCCGGUUCCGGCUGGACAAUCUAGGUCCACAGCCGGGGUCGAGGAAGAAGGCGAAGAGAAAGGGGAGGGGCAUAUCUGCGGGACAAGGGAACAGCUGCGGGUUCGGUAUGAGGGGCCAGAAGUCGAGGUCCGGGCCCGGGGUGAGGAGGGGGUUUGAGGGCGGCCAAAUGCCGCUUUAUCGGAGAAUACCCAAGUUGAGGGGGAUUGCGGGAGGUAUGCAUGCUGGUUUACCUAAGUAUGUCCCAGUUAACUUGAGGGACAUAGAAGCUGCUGGAUUUCAAGCAGGGGAAGAGGUGUCUCUUGAGACGUUGAAGAAGAAGGGUUUGAUUAACCCAUCAGGAAGAGAAAGGAGACUCCCUCUCAAGGUUCUAGGCGAUGGGGAACUAAAAGUGAAGCUGAACAUAAAGGCUCGUGCCUUUUCAGCAUCAGCAAAGGAGAAACUUGAGGCUGCUGGCUGUUCCCUCACUGUACUUCCUGGCCGAAAGAAGUGGGUAAAGCCAUCGGUUGCUAAGAAUAUUGCACGUGCCGAUGAAUACUUUGCCAAGAAAAGAGCUGCUGCUGCUGCAGCAGCAGCAUCUGAACCAGCUUCUGCUUGAAGUUCGAAUCCGCCCACACACGCCCCUCCCCCUCCCCCCGCUCUUUUUUUCCUUUUGGGUUUGCCCUUCUUGAAGUUUUUUAGUUGUCAAUUCAUUGUAAAAUUGGUGGAAGUUGGCUAAUUUUGGUGUUUCUUGCUUGUUUAGAUGGUCUGAAACAUGUAAUUAAUUUGUGAGAACACCAUUUUUUUUUUAAUUGGUAGGUUAUACAAGCCCUUAAUGGCUUGUGAAUCCACUUUCUUACAGAGGAAGAGUAAUUAUUUGAGGUAAAAGUUCAUGAUGUGAGAUUAAGCACA